AUGCUUGCACAGGGUCAUGGGAUGUUUAUCUCAGAUUCAGAGAUGUCACUUGUCUCCAGCUCAGACUCUCUCAUCUUUCAGUGAAACUAUGCUGUAAAAGAACAGAAAAGAUUUUGAUUUUUUUUUGUGUGUUCUUUCCAAGCAGGUCCAAGACCCAGAGAAAGAGCUGUCAGGAUGCCAGAGCCAGCAAAGUCCACCUCUGCCCCCAAAAAGGGCUCCAAGAAAGCUGUGACGAAGACGCAGAAGAAGGGCGAUAAGAAGCGGCACAAGAGCAGGAAAGAGAGCUACUCCAUCUACGUCUACAAGGUGCUGAAGCAGGUCCACCCUGACACCGGCAUCUCCUCCAAGGCCAUGGGCAUCAUGAACUCCUUUGUCAAUGACAUCUUUGAGCGUAUUGCUGGAGAAGCCUCCCGCCUGGCCCAUUACAACAAGCGCUCCACCAUCACCUCCCGGGAGAUUCAGACAGCCGUGCGCCUGCUGCUCCCGGGAGAGCUGGCCAAGCACGCCGUCUCAGAGGGCACCAAGGCUGUCACCAAGUACACGAGCUCCAAGUAG